GAGACCCAGAGAAAGAGAAGAGGAAGCCGAGCUCUGUGAGGGCUGAACGUCCAACUUGUUUCAGUUCAUUCAGCCUUCUCUUCUCUCCGCUUCGGGGAAGUGACCGUGGCGCUUGGUCUCUCCAAGUUGGUGCCUAAGAAGAUGAUAAUCACACAAAUAAGUCAGUUCUACAUGACUAGCCUUGGGCUUCUCUUCCUGAUUAAUAUUCUCCCUGGAACAACUGGCCAAGGGGAAUCAAGACGACAAGAACCUGGUGACUUUGUGAAACAGGAUAUUGGCGGACUCUCUCCGAAGCAUGCUCCAGAUAUUCCUGAUGACAGCACUGACAACAUCACUAUAUUCACCAGAAUCUUGGAUCGUCUUCUGGAUGGCUAUGACAACCGACUGCGACCUGGGCUUGGAGAUGCAGUGACUGAAGUUAAGACUGACAUCUACGUGACCAGUUUUGGCCCUGUGUCAGACACUGACAUGGAGUACACCAUUGAUGUAUUUUUUCGACAGACAUGGCAUGAUGAAAGACUGAAAUUUGAUGGACCCAUGAAGAUCCUUCCACUGAAUAAUCUCCUGGCUAGUAAGAUCUGGACCCCUGACACCUUCUUCCACAAUGGCAAGAAAUCAGUGGCCCAUAACAUGACCACACCUAACAAGCUGCUCAGACUGGUGGACAAUGGAACCCUCCUCUAUACCAUGAGGUUAACAAUUCAUGCCGAGUGUCCCAUGCAUUUGGAAGAUUUUCCUAUGGAUGUGCAUGCCUGCCCACUGAAGUUUGGCAGCUAUGCCUAUACAACAGCCGAAGUAGUUUACUCUUGGACUCUUGGGAAGAACAAAUCUGUGGAAGUGGCACAGGAUGGCUCUCGACUGAAUCAAUAUGACCUGCUGGGCCAUGUUGUUGGGACAGAAAUAAUCCGGUCUAGUACAGGAGAAUAUGUCGUCAUGACAACCCACUUCCAUCUCAAGCGAAAAAUUGGCUACUUUGUGAUCCAGACCUACUUGCCAUGUAUCAUGACUGUCAUUCUGUCACAAGUGUCUUUCUGGCUCAACAGAGAGUCUGUCCCUGCCCGCACGGUCUUUGGUGUCACCACUGUUCUCACCAUGACCACCUUGAGUAUCAGUGCCAGAAACUCCUUACCUAAAGUGGCAUAUGCGACGGCCAUGGAUUGGUUCAUAGCCGUCUGUUAUGCCUUUGUAUUUUCUGCGCUGAUUGAAUUUGCCACCGUUAACUACUUCACAAAGCGGAGUUGGGCUUGGGAGGGCAAGAAGGUGCCAGAGGUCCUGGAAAUGAAGAAGAAAACACCAGCAGUCCCGACAAAGAAAACCAGCACCACCUUCAACAUCGUGGGGACCACCUAUCCCAUCAACCUGGCCAAGGACACUGAGUUCUCCACCAUCUCCAAGGGCGCAGCUCCUAGUGCCUCCUCAACCCCGACAAUCAUUGCUUCACCCAAGACCACCUACGUGCAGGAUAUCCCAACUGAGACCAAGACCUACAACAGUGUCAGCAAGGUUGACAAAAUUUCCCGCAUCAUUUUUCCUGUGCUCUUUGCCAUUUUCAAUCUGGUCUAUUGGGCCACAUAUGUCAACCGGGAGUCAGCUAUCAAGGGCAUGAUCCGCAAACAGUAGAUAUUGGUGGUGCCGCAACCAGAGCACUGUAUACCCUAGGAAGUGUCCAUGCACCCAAACCCCAGGGCUCCCCUUCAUGUGUUUCAGGAUUCUUUUUUUUUUAAACCUUCUUACCAAGCCAUGACUCUCAAUUAAUAUUUACGAAUCUCAAUGAAGAAACAACAACA